UUAAGUCAGUUUCACGAAAGCACUCGUAAGUGAAAAAAUUCUCGUACGUCAAUUCUUAAUGAUCGCGCACGUAAGAUUACACUUACGACAAAAAGCUUCCCUAACAACGUACUUUCAUUUCUGACGCGCAUGCUUAUGACACAUUUCCGUGUUUACAUUAUUGUCGUCUGUCAAAAAUGGAAUGCAAAAAGCGAAAACCAAACUGGUCUACUGAAGAAGUAGAAGCUCUUGUCCAGGCCGUGACGGAAAACAUAAAAAUUAUCAAAGGAAAAUUCACGCCUUCGUUGACAAAUGAGGUGAAGAAUCGUUGUUGGGCAGAUAUAACCGCACAUGUCAAUUCAGCAAACUGCUCUAACAUCAGUAGGGAUGUUAGUGAUGUGAAAAAGAAAUGGCAGGAUUUGAGUAGCCAAACAAAAAAGAGAGAGGCAGAGAGAAGGAGAAGAGUUGGUGGGACAGGAGGAGGUCCCAGUAUUGAGGAUGAUUUAAAAUCAUGGGAACAGAAGAUUGUUGGAACAAUUUCUAGAUCAGCAGUAGAGGGGGUGCCUGGAGGGGUGGAUACCUCUGAAGUUUCUCAGAGUCUUGUACUUUUGGAGAAUGGUACGUACGAACUACAUGUUUAUAAUGUAAACAAAAAUUGAUGUGAAAUUAUUCUCAUGGCAUGAUAGUAUGCAAAUUUUAAAAGAAACUUGACUUGUUC